AUGCGGAAAGUCAUCUCCAUCUUGUUCGUUGCGUUGAACUUCUCCCAUGUCUUUGGCGUGUUAACUCCUUCCGAACGCGGCCUUCUCGCCUCUUAUGACAAGCGAGCGCUGACGUCCUGGGUCUCUAUGACUAAAGGAAGCGACUGGCCAUGCUCAUCAUCGCAACUCAAAGAUAUUGAGAAGUCAGUUGAGCACGCGAAGAUCUUAGCCAACGGAGCCAUAGUGGCCUUGGACAAUGCUGGGACAACAUCGAAGGCCUAUACGAGAUGGUUUGGCAGAACCAAUGCUAAUAAAGCCCAGCUUUCUACGAUCAAGACCAGCCACUUCGGGGCACCAAACAGAUUCCUGCAGAUGCCGUCAAGCACCGUCAAGUCAUACGAUGAAGGCGGUCCGAGCCCACAACGACUGGUCUAUGCAUGCCCCCCUAAGGACUUUCCCUUGUGCAACGGCGGGGUGGCGGCUGCUGCCAUCAAUGCCGGCGACCAAGUAUUCAAAACCAACAUCCUCCUCGCCUGCCCUUCCUUUUUCAAGAAAGCCAGCAAUUCGCAAAUGCUUUCGAACUGGCGGAAGGGAAAAUACACGCCAUCUUCGGGGAUGAUAUUGCUGCACGAGACGCAGCAUCUCGACGCUAUUGUCGGCAAGGGCAAGCGCUGUAUUGACCUGGCAUAUCCAGUGGAGGACUGCGAGAAGCUUACAGAUAAGGACAAGAUCAGGAACGCCCAAAACUAUGCGUUCUUCGCCCUAGACGUCACGGCGAUCCCGCCUAAACGGAAGUAG